ACGCCAUCUUUGCAUUAACAGAAAUUCUGAAACAGAAAACUCCAAUUGGAUACUUAAAAUCAGUUGAUUAUUAGCGGUGGUUUGUAACGGUUGCUAUAAACGUCUAUAGUCGUUUCCGUAAAAUCUCCAAAGAAAAACAUAAACAAAAAACACUUGUUACGAACGUAUGCAAAAAAAUUAAAAAAGUUGAUGUAUGUGAAUGUGUUUUAAAGAAAGAAAAAAAAUUACCGUGUUUUUUGUUGUUAUAAGUAAAAACGGAAAUACGAAAAACACAAAAAAAGUUAUGAGUGACAACAACAAGAAAAAAAUUUACAAUUUAGCAUUUUAAGCUACAAAAAAAAAAAAAACAGAGCAAAGAGGAAAUAUCAAUGAAAAAAUAGAUAAUAAAUUAAGAAAAUAAAAAAAAAUACUGAAAUUGCUAAAAAUAAUUUACAAAAACAAAAAGUUAUAAAUUGAAAUACAUACAUACAUAUAAAAUCACAACAAUAAAAAACGCAUUUUUUAAAAACCGUUUUUCUGUACAUUUCCGGGUUUAAUGACUCUGACAUCAAUGAUUUGUUUUGUAAAUAAAUAUUUUUGAAAUUAAAUUUAAAACCCUACCGAAAAUAAAUUAACAAAAAAAGUCAUAUCAUUUUAUUUUGCAAUUAUGUAUUAAAUAACAACAAAAUUAUAAAAAAAACCAGAAAAGGCGUUUUUGUUGUUAAUUUAAAUUUGCUUGUUUUUAAUUUUUUUUGUGGAUCACAAAUUUGAACAGUGUAUGAACAGCUGCUAAAAAAUUUUUGUUUUAUUAACAAAAAAAAAAUUUAUACUUUUAAUUGAAAGCUUAUUAAUUGUUAUAAAAAUAUACAACAAACAACGCCACCACAAGGCAGCUGAAACAAGAAACGAUUAACAAAAUUCAUCAUGUUGCCGCAACAGUAUUGUUUGCGAUGGAAAUACCAUCACAGUAAUUUACAGACCAUGUUCUCUCAACUGUUGGAUCGUGGCUGCUUUUGUGAUGUAACUUUGGCCUGUGAGGGCCAAUUGAUUAGAGCCCACAGAGUUGUGUUGUGUGCCUGCAGUACAUUUUUCGAUACGGUCCUAACGAACUAUGCCAGUGAACGAGAUCCCAUUAUAAUAAUGAAAGAUAUUACAUUUGCCGAUAUCAAAUGUUUAAUUGAAUUUAUGUACAAGGGCGAAAUAAAUGUAGAACAUGCGAAUUUAGCAUCAUUACUAAAAACUGCCGAUGAUCUCAAAAUAAAAGGUCUGGCCGAAGUAACUUGGCGAGACGACGAGGAUAUACCCCCACCACCUACGCCACAAACAGAAUUCCAUUCACCACCACAGUCUCGGAAUCGCUAUGAUAGUUAUGGUCACGAAGCACCACACAGAUCUCAAUCACCGGACACUGAGCGUGAACAGAAAACUCCAUCACCAAAACAUUCAGCCAUAGCUACGCGCAUGCCCACACUGACUCCCAUACCAACAUCGGCUGUGUCGAUAGUAGCGGCUGCCAGUUCUCCAAUCGAUUCGUAUAUGGGACCAAAACGCAAACGUGGUCGACCUCCAUUGGAUGAUGCCUACGAUGUGUUCAAUGUCAGAAAACUGGGUCAUUAUAACGAUCAAGGCGAGAGCACUUCAUACUUGGAAGGAUCUCAGUUUAAUGAUGAACAGAAUAACCACCGCGUAACAUCUCAGCAUUCCAGACCAAAUUCACCUUCAGCAGCAUCCGUUGUCUAUCAACAACAUAUCCAACAACAGAAACAACGCUUACGUUACCGACCCUCACGAAUCCAACAUGAAGACGACGUACUGGAUGAUGAAUCGGCCACGGAACCCGAAUGGAUAACAAGUUCAUUAGAACAUGAAAAUGAGCAAAAAGAUCCUUUGGAUCACAACGAUGAGGAGGAAGAUGAACUACAAUCCAUUAAAGAGGAAAAUGAUGAUAACACUGCUGCUAAACGAUCAACGGAAAAACGUUCUAAAGAAUCUACACCAGAACAUCCCAAAAUGAAGGUGCUAAAACGGAAAACUUCCAAAGAGGAAUCAUUGCAGCACAAAUCUGAAAACGAAGAUGAACUGGAGACAGUAGACUCAGCCACUGUGCCACAAACUGUGGAGGAAAUUGAGACCAAACAACAAUCAACAAAAGAGAAAUCAUCUGCAGGUGCAACAAAUACAUCUACAUCCUCAACUACAACUAAUAAUUCAACAGCGUCAGCUACAUCCUCAUCGGCAUCGUCACCAUCUACAAGUGCAGCUCAUAAAUCAUCAGCUUCAUCACACCACCAUCAUUCUCAUCACUCUCAUCAUUCCCACUCACAUUCUCAUCAUGCUCCACCACCACCGCCCCUACAUCAUCCCCAUCAUUAUGGCAAAUACGUGCCCGAAGGUUAUCUGAUCAAUGAACACGGCAUCUUAAUGACUCACGAUUUCAUACAUGCUCCGACGGCUUCAAUACCAACAUCAUCGACAUCGGCUUCCAAUGGUCAUCAUCCAGACGAAUAUGUUGACAUUAAAAUGGAAGAAUUCACCGAGGCCGAGUUACGUUUGACAACUGAGGAAAUGUCUCAGUGGCAGGAUGUCAUUAAAAUGGAUGACUAUUUGGCUAAAGGCAGGCGGCCACAAUUCUGGGAGGAACCUUUUACUCGAAGGGUUCUUGAUGCUAUAAAGAAUAAAAGACUUGAAAUGAAAAAAGCAGCUCGUAUUUUGGGAGUAUCAUAUGGCACUCUUUACGGACGUUAUCGCGAAGUAUAUGGCUGCCUCAAACAUCCAUAUAGUACAUCUUUAAGGCCAUCUCAAAGCAGUGCUUUAAGUGUGCAACCUAGAUUUGAUAUUGUAUGGCCCUCACCCAAACCUGGGCAAUUAGACAUUGGAAAAUUGAGACCGAAAGAUCUAAGUGAACUCUGGACUCGACCGCAAAUGUGAAAAAAGUUUGUACAUCCCCCCUACGCUUUGCACACAAAAAUAAGGAAAUAAACAUGUAGUUUUAAUUUAAUGUUCAUUUCUUCUUUCUAUCCUUUUGUAAAUAAUAUGAAUUUAAUAAAUUACAAUUAGUUUUUAGGAAAACAAGUAUUUAAAUCAUUAGCUAAGUUAACCCCAAAUCCCAAAUGUUUUUUUUACUUAUAAAAAAAAAAUUAACUUAAAAAGUUUUUAGUAAAUUACACUAACAACAAAUUUUCAGUAAAAGACAUUAUUUAGUGUGAGGCUAGAGUUUAAGUAUUUUUGUAUUUUACUUUAUUUAUGUGUGGAUGUGUGUUUUAAAUAAUAUGACAAAGAAAGUGAAAUCGAUAAAAAAAAAAUAAAUAAUUUUUAAGAUGAAAUUAUAAUAAUUAUAAAAAUAAAACAAAUAUUUAGAAUUUUUAUAAAUGUAUAUAUUAUAUAUGUAUGUAUGAUGAUGAUGAAAACAAAUAUUAUUUCCAUAUUCAUAUUUAUUGAUUAAAUGAUGAUAGAAAUAUUGAAACAGAUAAUACUGAUACAUAACACAUGUUGUAUGUUUCAUUUUGAAUGUCAUAAAAAUAAAACUAAAAAAAAAUUGUCUUAAAUAAUUACACUGCGGUCGAAUGCAAGAUUAUUUUUUUUUAUUUUGAAGACUGGCGUAAGAAUAAAUACUAAAUUUGAUUUAAAGUAUACAGAUAUUAAUUUUAUUAAUUUUAUAAUGAUUUAAAUAGACUUUUCAUAGCCAUAAUACUUGAAAAAUAGUUUUGCUCUCAAAUUAGAGUUCAGCUUGUUGGAAACGUAAAUGUUUUAAUUCGAUCCUAGUGUUAUUAUUCUAAAUAUUUAAAUGAAAUCGUAAUUAGUGAAAUACAAAUUUAAAAUAUUUAAUUAUUCUUAACUGAUUGUUCUAAUUGCAUAAGAAAUUAUAAUAAAAAAAACAACAAAUAUUAAAUAAAAUAAAAUACAUACAUAAAUACAUACCAAUAAAAAUAACUAUCUAAAAAAAUUAUAAUACAAA